UCUAAACUACGCAGCAAAGGAAUCGCAGCUUAAAUGUUAUAAAGAUGAUAUUGAAAAUCAUUAUGCCUACUUUGUUACCAUGCGUAGCUGCGCCGGCGCUGCCUCUUCGCGGUUAUUUAAUUGUAUAAUUUAGAAAAAUAAUAAAAUCAUAUAAAUAAUGGCUGUGAAAAUAUGAGGCAUUUGUGUAUUUAUUAAGAUCUAAAGUGUGUGGUAAUUUUUUUUUAAAUUGUUAUGAACAUGAACGAUUGUAAGAAAACGCGUUUUAGCCCAUUUCUAAUCCAAUGUUUCGUGACAGCCGGUGUGUCAUUGAACAUGUCUGGACUGGGCCUGGUGACUGGGUUCACCACCGGGUUGCUGCCCCAACUCCGAGACCCGAACUCCCCCAUCCUUAUCAAUGACACGUCUGCUUCUUGGAUAGCGUCAUUACCCGGGAUCGGCAUUGUCCUGGGCAAUUUCAUCGUCCCUGUCAUCAUGACCACAUUUGGGCGACGGAAGGCCAAUCUCUGCAGCUUGGUCGUCGCAGCUGCCGGCUGGCUUGGCAUCGUCUUCUCCAGCUCCGUCACAGUUCUCUAUCUGGCACGUCUUCUCCAAGGCAUCAGGAUGGGAAUGAUCGGCGCCCUUGGUCCUGUCCUCAUUGGAGAAUACACCAGCCCCAAAAACCGAGGCCUCUUCUUAAUGACCAUAUCUGUCUCAAUCAGUGCUGGAGUAUUUGCGAUCCAAACCUUAGGAGUGUACUUGCAUUGGAAAACCUGUGCGUUUGUCUGUAUAGGCAUAGUUUCUGUUGCUAUGCUGCUUGUUAUAUUAUCUCCUGAAUCACCGACGUAUUUGGCUGAUAGAGAAAGGUAUGAUGAGUGCAGAAGAGUGUUUGUAUACUUGAGAGGUAAUACGGAGAAUGAAGAAUUGGAGAAGAUGAUAGCGACACUAAUAUUAGCGAAGAAGGAACAAGUGACCAAGGUGCAGACGGUGACUGAGAAGAUAUUAUCCAAGAUGUAUUAUUUGAAAGAAAUUUGGAAGAAGAAAGAGUUUUACAAGCCAUUGUUGAUAAUGUUCCAUGUUUUUGCGAUGGCGCAUUGGAGUGGCAUGAAUAUAUUGACGUCUUAUACGACAAAUAUAUUUGAAAAGGUCGUAGGUUUAGAUAAUGGAAUUAAUAUUCCGCUAAUGAUAGUGUUAGUAGGAUUGCAUAGAGUUUUAGGGAACAUAAUUGGCAUGAUAUUCAUUAAGACCUUGAGACGGAGAGUAGUGUUAUUUUCAACGAUAAGUCUAAACAUAAUAGCGCUUUUGACAAUAGCUGCGUAUACUUGCGCCAGGGACAACAGCUGGCUGUCUUUCGACCACCCAAUAAUUGGUAUAUCAUUGAUUCAUGUCCAGAUGUUUUCUAUAGCAACAGGAGCGCUUCCUUUGGGAUUUAUUUUGGCUGGUGAGUUAUAUCCGAUGGAAUACAAAGGUCUUUGUGGAAGUAUUACCAUGGUAUUCUUUUCUUUGAAUAUCUUCGGAAAUUUGAAGACUGUCUUAGUAUUAUUCAACUCUUUGCAUAUUUACGGCACAUAUCUUCUGUACGCCGUAAUAUUAACCUAUUGUCUGAUAGUCGUGGGUACUCUUCUGCCAGAAACUAAAGAUAAAACUCUGCAGGAUAUAGAAGAAGAAUUGAAGGGUAAAUAGUUGAAGAGAUGAUAUUAACGAUUUGAUCUCAAAGGCAGUUGAACUUUAAAAGACAACUUUGAUUUUUAGUAAGUCAAAUAUAACCUCUAAAGUAGACCUUAUAUGAGAAAGAAAUCUUCUGACAACUCUGGUUGAAAAAGAUUUAACUUAUUUUUUUUUUAAAUAGACACCUACUUAAUGAUUAACCAAGUCCAUUAAUAUAAUUAAGAAGGUCGUGCUUUUACCUACUAGGAUAUUGUCGACGAUUUGGCGGGAAUGUAAACUCUAUUAAGAUUAUAAUAUGACAAUACUCAGAUUUCAAUGCCUGCGAUAGGUACUUAUUUCUUUAGUUUUUUCAAAACUAUGCGACCAACCGAUCAUUAGUUAAUUUUAUUUUACAUAAUAUGUAGUUUUAGUUU